CAGAGUCGUCUCCGGUGAGGAGGUAAGAAGGGAGCUCUGAAAUCCAUGGGGUAUGAGAGAGGGAUUUUCAAUCACGCCGGGCCUUUACAUCUUAGUGCUGUUGAUUGGAGCAACUCCGGUCACCGGAGCUCCGUCGCGGCGUGCUUGGUGCAAGGAGCGUACAGUCUCGAAAGAGACCGCCACGGCGACGGCGGCGCUCCUGAUUCUUCCUGGUGGGAGUUCUUCGGCUUCCAGUUAACCCAGGUGCUAGUAGAUCAGCAAGAUCAUUCCAUCUUCGGCGCUAUUUACGAGCUGAAAUUCUCGCCGCACUCUUCUUCCAAGCACCACCACCUCCCCGCCGCCGCCGCCGCAGGCGGCGGCGGCGGCGGGAAUCCCCCGAAACACGUAAUUGCGUUCCGGGGAACGCUCAUUAAGGCGGAUAUCAGACUCGACGUCCAGUGCAUCUCCAACACCCUCCAAAAAAGCUCCCGCUUCCACGUCGGAUUUCAGGCCGUCCAGGCUGUCAUUUCCAUGGCCGGCGCCGAGGAUGUCUGGUUGGCCGGACAUUCCUUAGGAUCUUCAAUCGCUUUGCUGGUGGGGAGAAACAUGGUAGAAAUGGGUUACCAUUUGGAAACCUAUUUGUUCAAUCCCCCGUUUGUAUCUCUACCGGUGCAUAUAUUCAAGAACGAGAAAAUCCGGCAAGGGCUCCGAUUUGCCCACACCGUCGUCAAAUCCGGAAUGGCCUUUGCGAUGAGUACUGCCCAGAACAAGAAAAUCGCAGAGAACGAUGAAGCCUUCAAUUUACUGCUCACAUGGAUUCCAUACUUGUUCAUCAACCCGUCUGAUCCAAUUUGCGCUGAAUAUCUCGAAUACUUCAGAAACAGAGAGACGAUGGUGGCCGCCGGCGCCGGAGAAAUUGGGCGGUUUGCGGCGAGGAACUCAGUAAGGAGUAUGAUUAUGAGUGCAAGUGGGAAGGAUUCCGAGCCCUCACACCUCAUUCCUUCUGCUUAUCUCACCAUAAAUUUGAACCAUUCGCCGGAUUUAAUGGCGGCACACAAGCUCAGCCAGUGGUGGCGGCCGGAUUUGACGCUUGAUUACAAGCUAUAUCAGUUUAGAUAA